AUGAAAUUUGCAACAGAUCAUCAUAAACCUGAGGCAAUUCUACGUACUAGUGAUUUAAAAGGUUCUAAAAGCUGUCAUAUUGGCAACACUUCAGUAACGGAGCGAUCUUCGAAUAGUUUUCGCUGCUUUACCAAACGUCGAGAUUUAUCUCCGAGCCGUAAAGCUUCACUGGCACCCCCUGAUAUCAUAAUUUACAACAUGGUCGAAGAAAAGUUCAAGGUUUUAACAUUUAAUUGCUGGGCCGUGUUUUUCCCGUCUCCGACUGUGAGAAAAGAAGACCGUGUUAAUGCGAUUGCCGCGAAGUUAUCAGUUGGGGAUUUCGACGUGAUUUUACUUCAGGAGAUUUGGCUGGAAUCAGAUUACAGAAAGCUCCGAAACAUUCUGGACGAGAAGUAUCCAUACUCUAAUUACUUUUAUUGCAACCUUAUAGGAACUGGUAUGUGCAUAUUUUCAAAAUGGACUAUAGAAUGUGUGUUCACACAUCCCUUUACUGCUAACGGAUAUCCUCAUCUUAUUCACCAAGCUGAUUACUAUUGUGGCAAAGGUAUUGGGUUAGCCCGGAUCACAAGCAAAGAAGGAUUUAGGAUUAACUUUUAUGUAACCCACUUAAUUGCUCGUUAUGAAUUAGAUCGUAUGUUAGAUAAAUAUAAUGGACAUCGAAUAUCUCAAUUGGUUGAAAUAAUGGAAUUUGUUCGCAUGACAUCCACUGGUUCUGAUGCAAUUAUAAUUACUGGAGAUUUCAAUUUGGAAUCGAAUACUUCAGCUAUUGAAUUGUUUAGUACUUCAUUAAAAUUAUCUGAUGCAUGGCUUAAUAAUACUGUUGCUUUGAAGAAUACAAAUAUUACAGAAUUAGAGUCAGAGGGAUGUACGUGUGAUCGAGCUGAUAAUCCUUAUCGUAAUCAACUUUGGACAAAUACGUAUGGGAAUGGUGAAAGAUUAGAUUACAUAUUUUAUCGUUCUGGGCCAUCAAUAAUAGAUUCAUUUCAUAUACCAUCCUAUGCUAAACUUGUCUGUGAUUCGUGUUGGUUAGAUAUGCGUAAAGUACCUGACGACCCAUAUGGUUUACAUUAUUCCGAUCAUGAAGGUGUAGCUGCAAGCUUUACUAUUACAAGAUUACGCAAUCCUGUCAAACCAGAGGGUGAAACAAUGUCAGCAAAUGAAUUAAAUCGAUUACGUGAUUUAUUAUUAGAUAUAGAUCAACAAUUAACUCGUGGUUUAAAUCAAUGUAUACAUGGUCGUUUAUUGCAUUUAAUAUGGGCGAUAUUUAUAACAAUUAUAUUAAUUAUCUUAAUAUUAAUAUAUCCAACUGAUAGAUUAACAUCAAUUAUAAAAUGUUUAUUUGAAAUAUUACUUGGUAUUAUAUUAUUCACAUUAAUUUGGGGUUCAUUAAUUGGUAGAACUAUAGAAAAAUCCGGUUUAAAAAAUGCUAAACAUUCAAUUUCAACAUUAUCUUCAAGAUUAGAUAGUUCAAAUGAUUUUACAUUAAUUAAAUAAUAAUUUGUGUUUUUUUCUCCUUUUUUAUUCCUCCUCAAUAAUUUUUUCUUUUCCGUUUUUGUUUUCUUUUUCUUCCAAAAUAAAUUUUGAAUAAAAUAUGUUUAAGUGAAGAAAUAUAUACCAUCGAGUUUUUAUUUCUUUCUAAUUAAUCAAUUCAUUUUAAUUGUAAUGAUGAUAUCAGGAUUUAUCUCUCUCUCUUUGUGUCUCUCUCACACACACACGUUCCUCUUUUAAUUACAAGCAAUUAACGGAAAUAAUAAAUUGUCAUCGUAUAUCUUUUAUACAAUUACUCAUAGGUGUUAUAUUUAACAACGGCAAAAUGAUUGUAUUUGACACUGAUGUUUGUGUAUUUUAAUUUUUUUAAUAUUUAACAUAUAUGUGUAUGUUCAAUAUACCUAUAUAUAUAAUUCGAAUUAAUGUUAUCAUCGUUGUGGCUUUCUUUUAUCUCUUGUUCUUAUAUUGUACAUGUAUACAGAAUUAUGUCUAAUUUGAAAAAAAAUUAUUUAACAAAUA